AUGACCGUCACAAACCAGGAACCCCGACCAUUGCAGGUUCUGAUCAUCGGCGCCGGACUUGCAGGGCUAACCGCCGCCAUUGCACUCGGCAAGCAGGGCCAUGAUGUUGUGAUUGUGGAAAAGUCCAAGUUCUCUCGCGAAGCCGGUGCUGCCAUCCAUGUGCCUCCGAACUGUACCGCGUUGCUCAACUGGCUCGGAAUUGACCCGAAGGAUUUUGGUGGCACGCUUUUGGAACAGAUUCAUCGCUAUGAUCACCUUGGCAACCUCAAGUAUAAGAAAGAUUUCAGUGGCAUUCGCCAGAUGUGGCAAGCAGAAUGGUACCUUGUCCAUCGAGUCGACCUGCACAAUCACCUCAAGCAGCGGGCGCUGGAAACAGCGACCCUGCACAUGGGCUGCAAGAUUGUUAGCAUCGACGUCGACAGGGAGCGCCCCUCAAUCACUCUGGACAACGGAGAAAGGUUCGAGGGCGAUCUGCUGCUGGGUGCCGAUGGCCUCCACUCCAUCGUACGCGAGACGAUCGGACAGCAUCCACCACCCCCGUUCCCAGCGGGCAAGUCCUGCUUCCGCUGGCUUCUUUCCACAGACGACUUGCGCCGAUUGCCGUCCACGAAAGACAUGGUUCAGGAGCCCGGCGUUUUUAUCGAAUGGGCGAGAGAUGAUCGACGCUUAGUCGCAUAUCCUUGCUCCAACAACCGAGUGUUUAAUCUGUGCGCCUUCCUCCCUACCAGGGAGGCUGGGGGACUGGGCGAAGGCUGGCAGGCGACCGGCAGCAAAGAUGCUCUUAUGUCCGGCUUUUCAGCUUUCGCACCCGCAGUCAAAGAACUCGUAAACAGGGCCGACGACACUCUCAAAGUAUGGGAGCUAUUCGAUAUGAAUGCCCUCCCGACGUGGGUCCGCGGCCGGUCAGCAUUGCUCGGAGAUGCUGCUCACCCAUUCCAGCCUUACAUGGGACAAGGUGGCGCCAUGGCCAUUGAGGAUGCAGUUUCCCUUGCGGUGCUACUGCCCGCUGGCACGCGCAUGGAAGAUCUCCCGGCCCGCUUGGCCUUGUACGAAGAGGCCCGUCGGUCGCGGAUCGACCUGGUGCUGCAGUAUACGCGCAUGAAUGGCGUGGACGAUAAUGACACCACGGCUAAGAGAAUGACAGCCGCGGAAAUGGUCAAAUUCAUGGGAAUCUGCUUUACCCAUAACGAAAUCAAGAAUUCCACGGCGCUGCUGGAGCUAUCCAAACAGGGCUGA